CGAGCGAUCCCUCCUCCACCUCCCACUCCGCCGCCGUCGUCGCGUGAUCAUGGCCAUGGCCGCCUCCAGGUUGCUCUGGGCCUCCCGCGCCGCCUCCUACCUCAAGAUCUCCACCUUCCCCAGGGCCUUCUCCACCGUGCUGAAGGAUCUGAAAUAUGCGGAAACUCAUGAAUGGGUCAAGGUUGAGGGUGAUUCGGCAACCGUUGGAAUCACAGACCAUGCCCAGGACCAUUUGGGUGAUGUUGUGUAUGUGGAGCUACCAGAAGUUGGCGCCUGUGUAACUCAGGGAAGCAACUUUGGUGCUGUCGAAAGUGUGAAGGCAACCAGUGACAUCAACUCGCCAGUAUCUGGAGAGGUCGUUGCAGUGAAUGAAGAACUUCAUGAAAAACCAGCAUUGGUCAACGGAAGUCCAUAUGAGGGCGGCUGGAUUAUCAAGGUCAAGGUCAGUGAUGCAGGUGAGCUCAACUCGCUGAUGGAUGACGAGAAGUACUCGAAAUUCUGCGAGGAAGAGGACAGCAAGCAUUGAGCAAUGUUGGUGGCUUCUAAACAUGGAGAAUCUACGCUUCGAGCCUUGUAGAUGUUUUUCAUGUGCUGUUGGGCAUGACACUUCCUACCACCUGCUGUCUCAGCCCAGAAAGGAGCAGAACAUGGAAUAAAUGGCAUUUGCCUACCCUAGAAGGGCUUGCAAGAUCCAAAAUCUGUAUAUGACUUGAGUUCAUUUGUUUUACUGCGAUCGUUUCGUCCCAAAUUUUAGCUCUGUUUUGACCAAUUGGUAUUCAAAAAUCUUUCUGCA